UGUCCUGCGUGCAUGUCAAGCGAUUAGUUUAUUAAAGACACAUACAAAAACAACCUUUUUGUCAAUCUAAACGCCAGAAAAAUGCAUAUAAAGUCAUUUUUCAAAUCGGUCCAGUCAUUAAGAGGAGUGUGGUGGCGAAUAAACUUCGAGGCAAUUACAUGUUUAAAAUUUAUGAACAACGUAUACCCAUAGAUUUAUAAUAAAAGGGCACUGAUAAGCAAAACAAAAAAUAAUCAAAAACAAUUAAGUAAUGUUACAAAACACGACCAAAAAUCAACACACGACAUCUCCUACGCACAUUAACUAAAAUAAAUAUUUGUGCAGCAUUUGAAGAAGAUAAUGGGGUCUAACUUAUAAAGGACAAUGUCUGACACUCUGGAGAAACUUUUGAAACAGUACGAAGAACAUGUUUUGUCUGAGGAUCACCCGCGAAGUAUAGGGUUGUUCACAAUCCCUGAGUACCCAGAGUUUGAGGCGGAUCGAGGUAUGUGGUCUGUGGCCCUCGACACCAUACUGACUACGCUGCGGUACCUCGCGCCAGCCACUAUCAUCACACUGUUCUGGGGCCAACACAGCUUCCUGUUCAGAAUAUUGAAGAGCAUCGAUUCGGCUUUCAGGGCUAUAUUCUCAAGCGAGGAACAGAAGCAGGCGGUCCUACAAUGGCUGGCCGAGGCGGGCCCUGUGAGGGUGGAGCACCUGGACACAGUGUGGCGACACGGCUGGGUGCUGUGCGGCGCGCUCGACGCCGCGCUGCCCGGCGCCUGCGCUGGACAUCCCCCUACAAGGCUGUCGCUAAAGCACGCACAAGCUAUCGCUGAACAUUAUCUUGGGGUUGAACCUGUUUUCACCCGGCAGGAACUGGAGUCGAACGACUCACUGAGCCGGCACCAAGAAUGGAAACUCGCUAGUUACUUAGACCGCAUCCGACAAGCUUUAUUAAAAUUAACUCCACCUGUUUCCAAACCUGUCUCCCAACGAACGUCGCCAGAAACCACACAAGUUACUCUCGACUAUGUUGCAAAAGGUUCAGGGCUAUCUGCUGCUCAAGUAAAUAACAGAACACACUUCAAGUUAUAUCCUACUGCACAGCAAGCUUUGGACCCAGGAGAAAUAACCAUUCUCAUCCGAGGCCCUCGUGACACGUACGGCAUGACCGUCAUACCACCAAUAUUAGGUAAAGCACAAAUGAUUCGACAGAAACUCUUGGGCUUACAAUCGAAACAAAACUUCACUGAAAAUGCUCUACCGAUAACGCAAGGAGCUGCGUAUUUAAGGCUAUACGGUAAAACUGACAUGAAUAAAACUUAUUACAUACCUAAAACGAAAUACGAUAUUGAUAUCGAAGUAGAAUCCCGAAAAGAUCACGCAAAAAUAGGUUACGUGGCUAAUAUUGAAGGCAAGUACACCAUUUCUAUUACAAGUAGAGAUCAACAUAUUGUUGGGUCACCCUACACUGUGACGGUAGCUAAUAAUAUCGUUGGGGUCCUAGAAAAAGACAAUUAUUGUUUAGAAGAUGGCGAAGAAAUAGACAUUGUAGACAUCAAUAACGACAGAAAGGUUGUACUGAGGAUAGUUGACUUCGUAACUGAAAAGAUGUUACUCAAAGAAAAUGGGACUCUUGAAAAGAUAAGUGAUGAUGAAGCGAAGAGCUUAAUGACAAUCGGCACAACGAAAGAUGUGCCAAACGUUGUCAGUGAUACUUAUAAUGAAAUCUCCAACAAUGCAAUAAAAGACAAGUCAGAAGAACCUGUAAAGAGCCACAAAUUUAACAAAGCUGCGGCUAAAGUGUUGGCUAUGUAUCGAGUUUGUAAAAUAUUUACAGAUAUAAUGGCUGAAAAGCAAGUACAAACUCCAAAGAAAGAUAUUCAUCACAUUCGACCAAGAAGUCAACCGGAUAUACCCGAUAUUGUCAACUCUACGUUUACAGAAACAAAUAUAAACCCAUACAUAUCUGAGUUGAGAGAAAAGUUUAUUGUUCCAGAAAAUAUUUCAGUUUCACUAAGAGCUGAAAAAUCUACAACUUCCUAUCAUACUAAUUUUGAAAAUAUUGUAAAAGAGCGGGAAAAUGUGACGGUAAAUAUACCUAUGGAUAAUACUGGGAUUGAUAGUCCAGAUAGUUUAGACGGAUAUAACGCAACUAGUGAAGAGCAAGAGGAUAUUUCAGUUGAAGAAAUAACACCAACGAGUACUAGCAACCCAUUUAUAAACGAAAUGUUCGAAGACAAUUAUGUGGCUUCUAAAAACUUUGGAGCUUUUGUAGCUUCGGAGUACGAAACGAAUAAUUCACAAAACGAAGAGACACGAGACAGUUCGAUAACAAUAAUUAUCGAUCCUCAUCAGACACCAUCACCUAUUAACAUGAACCCAUUUAUUGAGGCAGGCAAUAUAGGAUUUGUGAAACCAGACCCUGUUGUAUACGAAAGGCCAAAAACGCCAGUUUUCAAAAUAAUAUCAGGAGAAAAAGUUGAUCGUGAUGAAUCUGUUUAUAUUGACCCUAAAUCAGAAUUGGUUGAUGAAGAGGCUCUUGGCAACGAGUUUGUAAAUCCAUUCUUUAUGCACUGUCAUCAAAGCAGUCAUUUCGAACGCACACCAACGACCGAUUUCAUAAUCGGAGCACCAGUAUCGUUGCCUCCUAUGAUCAGAGCUCAUUCUCCAGAACCUGAAAUAAGAUCAUUAACUAUUACAGAAAGUGAAAAAUCUAAAAAGAAACAAUCUGAGAAAAAGCUAGAGAAAAACGUGGAUCUUGUCUCCGAGUCAGUGUUUUUAACUCCAACACAUGCAAACUUGAAUUUAACAAAAGAUGCAAAACAAGAAAAUACUGCCGUAUCAUCAACUUUUCACAGUUUAGAAUCGAAUCUUACAGAAACAAUAGAUAACUCUAAUGCAUCAACUACCAGCGACAAUCAGUUCGCACCAUAUCGGCCUGAAUCAAACAGAAAUCUUUCACCUAGAAAAGAUAUAUGGGACUCUGCCUACGUAAGUAUUGAUGACAAUAUCAGUUCACCAGAUAGCAAUAAUAACGAAAGUACAAUCUGCGAGACUCUUAGUAAACCGAAGUUUUCUCCUAGUGACGUCAACUUCGGAUUAAAACAAGAAGAGCUAUCGAAUAUGGGCCCAGCUGAAAGAGAGAUAUGGCAAACGUGCAAUGAUUUAAAACCCGAACCCUCAAAAUCUCCUGAAGAAGUAAAACCUUAUAAAUGGGAAUUCAAAAGGCCAACAUUCACACCUAUAAUUGAAGAAAGCGACAGAAGCAUAUCAUCAGGCACGAAGGAUAUAAGGACCGAUUUAUGUCCGAAGCAAGGGGAAACUGACACAGUAUCAGUGGCAUUUGCUGAACUAAAUGACAUGUAUGAAGAAUAUUAUCCUAAUUCAGAAACCAGUUCUAUUGAUGUUGCUAACGAAGAUCAUCUUCAUAGCAUGGAGGUAGAAUACGUUACCCAGACUAAGGACAGUAGUGUCAAUUCUGCGUCUGAAACAUCAGAUGUGAAGAGACACGAGGAAGAAAUAGAAGGAACGAUUUCUGAGGUUCAGGCAAAUGUCACUGAAUCUGUUUCAGCAAGUCAGACCUUUCGCAACGAAAACGACUCGACGUGUGAGUACAACAGGGAAAAUGAUGAAACGCAAUUUGGUAAAACUAAAUGUAGUAAUAUCGUCCUUGAAAAGAAGAAAUACUGGGACGAGAAAAUUCGGCAGAUAGAAGCAAAAUCCGCAGAAACUGCAACUUUCUCAAAGAAAAAACGAGUUUCUUCGAAGCAGUUAAAACAUGAUUCUCUAAGUAAGCGAAGAGGAAAACAAAUGAUUAAGAAUUUCCUUAGUGCCGGAGAUUACAGUCAAGUUAAACAAAUCUAUCAAGUCGAUGAUAAAGAAAAUGAUUUUAAAGUACAUGAACCAGUCAGAAAACAAUCAUUAACCGACGAAGUUAAAUCAGAUGAGAAACUUGUAAAACGAUGGAAGAAAUAUUGGGAUGAAAAAUUAGAAACAGACCAGAUAGAGCAUGAAAAUAUUACUCCAAAACGAAAAUCUCCGAAUGUCCAUAUACCCGUACAGUCUCCACAACGAAAUACAGUCGAUGUUCAAAUUAAACUAGUAACUAAUGACAGCCAAGAUGAUUCGACAAGUGAAGAAACGCCAGUGAAACAAGAAUUGCCUGAAGAAGUAUUCAAAGCCUUUGAAACUAGCCCAAAGAGAUUCUUCGGAACAUCAAGACAGCAGAUUUUAAAUAAAAUAGAUACAUUCUUAGGAAAACCCGCUACUGUUGAUAUUCCAACAGCGGAUAUCUCCGGCGAGUGUCACGAAAGUGGUCUUGUAUCUAGUCGAAUAUCUUUGUUCCAUAACUUGUCAAACACUGAGGAACUGCCAUGGGCCAGAAGAAAAAGCCAAUCUUUACAUAACAUAAGUCAAAGACGAGAUACUGAGAAGAGCAUAGUUUCUAUGGAAGAAAUCGAACUCGAAAAUGACGGGUUAACUGAUAUACCAUCAGAUCUAAAAGAGAAAAUGAACGAAGCUGCAAAUGUAAAUAUAACGGAAACUAUAAGUUUGAAAAACAAGAGAUCUAGAAUGGUUUCUACGUCUUAUAAUAAAACCUUUGAUGAAACCGAUUACACGAAACCUGAACAUAUACAAAUUCACUCUAACGAACCUGCAAGAAAGGUAGCUUAUGACUUUAAACAAUUAGACAAACCGAUGGAAAACACUGAGGUCCUAAGAAAGAAGUCAUUUAGCAAGUCAGAGAUGGACAUUUUCAAUAAACCUCUCAACGAUCCGACAGACGAUGGAUUAGAUAAGUACAAGUCAUGCAACGAACUACCCAAAGUCAAUGUCAAGAGCUUUAUAUCGCUUUAUGAAAGCGUUUCGAAGACUGCCGUAAAAGAAAAACCGUCCAAAAAGGUGUGGAGAACAAGUUCAGUUGAUUCACAGAAUAAUUCGCAUUCCAACAGCAUAACUACAGAUGCUGUGCGCAAGCAGGCUGCAAGCGAUCGAGGAACCUUAUCCAACAGUGCAUCAAUAACAACUACACCAGGAGUCACACCUACAAAUCUAUGGAUGAGUAAAAGUUCUGAGGCAGCAAGCAAUCUCAGUAUAGACACAAAAACUUCUGGCUCCUUCGACAUUGAAAUUAUAUCAAGUGAUAAUAAAGACACAACGUACUUAAGUCUAUCUGAUAUAGAACUCGAAAUUAUAGAAAGCAGUCCAGAAAAGUCUAGUGAGUCAUCUCCAGAAAGGAAAGCUCCACCAGAGCAUAUAGAGUAUAAGAAUAGAUUCAAACUAGCAAAGGAAUAUUUUCAAUCAUUAGAGGAUGUCAGAGAUCUAAAGAAACCGAAAGCUGAACCAAAGCUGAACGAAUGUGAACAACUACUCCGACAACAGUCAACAGAAUCUCUAGAACCCGAAAGACCGCAAAAGCGUGUGAAGAAAAACAUUAAGUCUCAUUCGAUGCCGUCAUCUGAAAUAUCGAAAAUUUGGAACCAAUUACAAGAAAGUCAAGGGAAUAGUUCAAACCAGAAACUAGUUAAGAUAUCUGAGAAAUUUAAUGUGGAAGACUUGUUUACUGACGUCACUGAGGGAAAACUGAGUCGACAAGGCAGUUUGAGAGGCAUACCACAUAAGAAAGCAGUGUUAGAAGCUUUUCGAUCCAUGGAAAACGUAGCUGACACACAAAUCAAUUCCUACGAUAUGGCCGAAUCACAAGUAAUCGAUUUCGCUAAACAGCACACGGUAACGAAAGCACAGACUUACCAAAGCGAGUAUCCUUAUUUACCGACGACCGAUCCAUCGAAAUAUCAUUCAAGAUUGGACGUCAAAGCGUCUGGCCUUAUUUCUUUAAAAGAGUUAUUGGAAAAGAAACCGCGAAGAAACAGUGUGCCUGACUUGAGAUUAAAUCCUAAAUUUAGUGUUGACCUCUAAUUCUAUAACCCCUAGAGAUUUCCAUAUUUUAUCUCUACAUAUGCAACGAAAUAGAUGUGUGAAUGUUUUCCUUUGUUUUUAGGCAAAUUAGUUUAAGUAUAGAAAUUACAGUAUUUACUAGUACCUAAAACGUAGUUAAUACUCAAUUUGGUUUAAGGCGUAGUAUUUUAAGUCCUGACUAAUGUUCUUAAGGCUAAAUUUGUUAUAUUUUCGCAUGAAUGGCGUUUGAGUUUAUUUCACGAGUUUUACUAUAUUAUAUUUAUAUUAUAGUUGAUUUAUUUUCAUGUUGUGUUGUUGGUUGUUUUUUUUAAUUUGCAAUUUGUGUUUUAUGCUAGUAUUGUACAAUUCUGUACAGUUAUUGAAUCUAAUAUUUUGUUCUAAGAUUUUAUUGUAACUAUUUAUUCUACAUUAAAUAAAUUACUAUUACUUUUGUCUUCUUACUUUAAA